UUUUUCUUCGGAAAAACUGUGCAGCUUCGACUACGACCCCCACAGCUCGCUGCACUUAAACUCGCAGCUGCAGCAGCACAUGUUGGCAGGAUCAUCUACAUGCGGUUUGCUUGGGGGAGGACUGUCCGGGAUGAAUUACAAUUGCCACACCGGUGGUCUAUCGCAACAUGGUUACAGCAGCCAGGUCGAUCAGGUGCCCCUGUUCACCACCGGGCCCGUAGACCUGUUCUCGUUGAUCGAUGGGGCGCUCGUCCUGUACGGCCAGCAUGACUUCGUGGUGCACGCCCUCGCGCAAGCCAUCCAGCACUACUGCAAGCUGUUGCUGGAGCACUGCAAAGCCCAAAGCGUCACCGCCAUGGCCGGUUUUAUUUCUCCCCGAAGCGGUGGUGGUGGAGGUGUUGCCGUUGCGCACCACCAGCACCAGCUGUUGCAACAGGGAAUAGAUAAAGUCGGCCAAUUGAAGAAUGGCACUAGUAACUCAACGACGUCGUCCACUCUGGCAGCUGACUCCGCCGCGGGGGGGAACACGAGCAACAACGUCCUGCGGCCGGCGCUUGGAGGCGACCAUCUCCACCCAGCAUCGCACGGCCUGAACAAGAAUCCUGCCGGGGCUGGUCCCAACACCAGCACGCUUCGGCGCAUCACGAUGACACAGGACCCAAGAGGGUCACUGUUGAUGGCCACCAACUGCCGCCGAUCCAGCGGGACAAGUGGUCGCAACAACCGAGAUCUGAUGCAGCAUUUGCUGUUUCUGGUUUCCUGCCUAAACGACGUUUCCCAAAUCGCGAGUAGCGCUCUGGAGAAGGAAGCUGUGGUCCUGCAAGCCUUCGACCCUGACGACGAUGAUUCGUCCGAAGAAUUUUAUAACGACGGCGAAGGUAUUUGUACUGAAAAUCACGUUGCUCCUCGCAGUACGAGGCGCGGUCAACACAACAAGGGCUUCACGACAACAUCACGGAGAGGACCUGAGUUUGUUCAAGGAGAACUGACCGCCGCAAUGACACGACGACCCACAGGUGGAGGAGAUGACGAGGAGGACCCUCGUAUCCAGAAUGGAAACGAUGACCUGCAUGGCAGUUUCGCAAUAAAUGAGGAACAUUUUCAACAGGCAAGAACGAGGCACAAGAACCACUCUUCGAGCAAGUCAAAAAGGAAAAUAAAACUCACGGCGACUGAUUGGGAGCAGAACUGCGCGCGGACCGGGCCGCUCGAAAAUCACUUUCCCGAGAAGCGCACCUCGCACCUGAUUCGCAUGUCCUCGCCGGCACCGACGAUCAUAAAGAACCACACUUCUACAACUGGAGGCGUGCCGUCGCCCCGAAGCCCAACAUCGGCCUCCAUUCAGUCCAGUUCCGGAAAAUUUCCCACUGCAAACUGUGUGCUGCAGCAGGCCGCUGGGAAGUUGAAGAAGAAACAAGAAAUGUGGAAAACGUUGAAGCGACGGAUGAAAAAGGGCCGCGAGAUGAGUAAUUCUGGCGCAGCCCAGAACUGUGUCGUCCCCUCGAGCGGACACAUCACUCCCCCAGUGGGCAGCUCCGUUGUUCCUUCUGCGACUGGUAAAAAUCUUGCCCACGAUGACGACCGAGUAGUAGGGUCAUCGUAUGGCCAGCAGCGGCAAAGCAGUCCCGUCGCUUCCACCCUGUAUUCGCCGAGUGGAGCGAGCGAACAUCAUACCGCGAUCUUCUCAACCCGGAAGGCCAAGCGAGAGGAACGCCGGCGCCACAGCAAGAUCGGCAGGUCGGCGCCGCGGGGGCGGAGGGCGGCGGCGGGGAGUAAGUGCAGCUUUGAAGAUGAUAACUUUGCCAACGACGAUGUAGCGAACACACCUGCUUAUACAAUCGAUGUCGGUAGUAGUGUAGGAGCGCCAGCAAGAAAUACUAGAGGUGUCAACGACUGCUCAUCGCCGAGGGUCGAUUGCGGCGCAACUAAGGCCUCCGAGCACCACCACUACGACGACGCACACCCUCACGACCACGGCUCUUUUGUCGGGAUCAGCGUCAAGGCGCUGCAGGAGCUUUCCGACGGUCUUCGUGCGGAAGUUUUCUCCGUUUUGAAACUGCUUGUUGACAGCGCCCUUGCCGAUCUGCCGCUUUUUGAUUGGGUCGACGAAUUCGACUCUUCACUCACGCGAACCGCGACCUUUGGACCGGUGCAGCAGCAGUCCGGCGAGCACAACUCUUUGAGCUCGCCCCUGGAGUACCAGCACCAGGAGUCGCUCUCCUCCUCGGCCUCCUGUAGUAGUAGCUCCGGUCCUCGUGGUGGUCCAGGAGCUGCGUUGCACCGUGCGGGGUCCUUUCUUCACAUGGGAGGCGGUACUAGUAUUGGAACAACGAACGGCUGUAGGGCUGGUGCGAUGGAUCAUAUUAACCACCUCCAGGUCGUGCAAAAUAACAAUACCGGGACAACGUCCUCGAACAAGCUCGAGAAGCUUUUCCCGGAACUGCUGGAGGCGGUCGAUUUGCUGCGCAAAACGUUGCGGAAAAAGUCACACUUUCGGGCACUGCUGGCGCAGCUGUGGGACUACUUGACGCAAACCUUUUUCAGGGCUUUGUACCAGUUUUCGAAGACGCUCCCGGAAGUAGAUGAACAAGUCGAGUUUGGUACCUCAGACAUCAGGGAGAAAAACCGAAGUCGGCACAACUCUACUUGUGGUCCUGUUGCUGCGACAGCUGCAGCGAGUCCACCUCUUCUCGAAAACAACCCGAACCAGGAGGAAGCUGCCCAACAACUCCGUGGCUCUCGGCGGCCUACCGCUGGGGGAGGCGGCGUGGCGGCGAGUCCAAGUGCCGCGGAUCUUUUUCAGCACCUGUUCCCGGCGGAAGGCGAGCACGAAAAUGACGACGCGCACACGGCGGG